AUGGAUGUUGUCGCUCUCAUUCAUUCUGUUCGCUCUUCGUUUCAUGAUCGUAGGAGCUCUCUGGAUGAUGCAAAAUCCGAAUUGGCUGAAAUUUUAGCUGCAGAGUCUGAUGCUUCUACUGCGAAAUUGUCUUCGGAUUCAUCCGAUGAUUUGGCCGAUGGAUUAUCUUCAAUCCAUAUUCAGGGUCGUGGAAGCUCGCCUGAUGAUGCCAAAACAAAUACUCCGAUGACAAGUAGCCAAGUGAGUGAUCACGCUUCACAUGAGACUUUUACCGGCAGCCACCAGCAACAGUCUGAACUUGAAGGUCCGACGGAUGCAACGGGGUUCCGAAAAUCCUCUUCAAACCACAAUACACAAAGCGGUGGAUAUGGAUCACAGUCUCAUGAUGUUAACGUCCUCACACAGCAUCUUCAUCAUCGUGGAGAUGGUCCUAGUCGAUACGGUUAUUCGGGCAGGCGUGGACAAAACCGGCGGCAUCGAGAUUGGAAAGUUCAUAGGACUAACAGUGGUGGGAACAUGCAUAUGCCACCCGGAGGUUUUCUCAGGUUUACAAGGGCUCUGCACCGCCCGCCGCUGUCGCCUUAUCCAUUUUCUCAGUAUUUUCCCCCUUUCGUGCCACCAACUUAUGGCGGCACGCACAAGCCCCCUCCCGGAUUUGGUCCCAAUUUUCCAUAUUAUGCUGCUCUACCUCCUAGUCUUGCUCCUUAUAUGCCACCUUAUGGGAAUGUUUCAGCUCCGGAUCCUGAAUUGAGCGUUAAGAUUGUCAGACAAGUCGAGUACUAUUUUAGCUUUGAUAACCUAAUUAAAGAUAUGUACUUGCGUAGACAAAUGGAUGAACAAGGUUGGGUUCCAGUGAGAUUAAUAGCAAAUUUCCGCAAGAUCAAAGAACUGACCGACAAUAUUCAGAUUAUAUCAGAAGUUCUUCAAACUUCAACUGUUGUCGAAAUUCUGGGUGACAAAGUAAGGCGACGGGAUGAUUGGCAAAGAUGGAUUAUCCCUCGUUCAUAUCAACUUCCUGAUGUUCCAAGUUCUGGAAUCUUCAAUGAGCCAAGUCAAAACUAG